AGCCGAAGAUAACCUAGUGUAAAGAAAAGGAAAGUUUUUGACAUCCAAACGUUUUGUGCUCUUAUUUUCUUAUCCUUACUGCGUUUUACUUUGUGUGUCCUCACUCAGUAUUCAAGGUAAUCAAGAGAGCACCGAAGAUAAGAUACAAAUUGGCAGGCCCUGCCCCCCCUAAAAAAAAAAAAAAGAAAAAGAAAAAAGAGAGAGAAAAAAAGACAUUUCUAGCAUCAAGAUGUAUGUGUUGUCUGAACUGUGCUUUAUUUAGCCGAGUGACUAGUCGCGCGAGAGGAUAUUGUCUCUUCACAAGUCAGUUGGUAGUGGCCUCACAAUCUCCCAUACACUUCCAAUACACCCCUAUACAACCUCCUUAUACUCCUAUACACCUAAAUAGAGAUGAGGGGUUAGUUAAUGUAUGGUUGUAUGUUUGUCUCAUCUGGGGGAAUAACAAUUAUAAGCGAUGGCAAAUAUGUUUGACGGCCAGACUCAGUGAUAAGUGACUCCUGUUAACUGUUGUGGUGGACAUGAAGACUGAAUUAAGAACUGUCAUCUGGCGAGAGAAGAAUAUAUGAUUGGAGACGAUGGAGGAAGCUAGUCAGGGACAAAAAUGUUGCAACUGGAACAUAUAUUACCUCCAUCACUUCUUCCGGAAUGUUUGCAAUCCGACCCUGGCAGAGUUACUAGUCAGGAAACUCAAGAACAGCAGACACAUUCAGGAGGAACUGCAGGACAGAGAGGGGAGCCUUAACAGAACGUUAUUUGAAGUCCUGACGAGGGUGAGUAGGAAGGCGAAGAGAAAAGUAGAGAAAGAAAGGAAGAAAGGUGCAGAAUGGAAUUCCAACAGUGGCUGGAAACCAAAGCCUCUGAAUAACUUGCUCGACAAUACGGAGUUACUGAGCCGGGUGAAAGUCUGCCAGUUUUUCGAAAAUGUUGAGGUGAAUGCGAACAGCAUGGCUGUCAAGACCCUGAGUGAACUGGACACUUCACUCCUACUCCACAGCCUCACUAAUGGCAUCUUUGAAUCCCCACUGCCAGGCAUAGAGAAUGUCCUGAACACUCUGACAGCCAGCAGGAACAGCCUCUUUCACAAUGAUCACUGCAUCCCAUUGCAGGCAGUGCAGGAGUCAAUAUGGGAUGGUGUGCAGGCUAUUCAGGAGUACUUGGGUAAAGACUUGACUAGCUUUCAGGAGAAGAGGAGGUUCUAUUCUGCUCCACUUCAGAACACCAGCUACUCUUUGAUGAAUGAACUGCAGCAAGAGGCCAGCCAGUGGUUUUUUAAAAAUGUCCCCUUCAACGAGUACCCCAUGCAACCGACCCUCAAGCACCUCAGAAAUGACUGCCAGUCAUACAAAAUUGUGGAGAACCUGGAGAAAUUUUUGGAGGAUCACAGGACAAGUGGGAACCAAGAACCUCGACCCAUCCUGCUGUGUGGAGCACCUGGAGCUGGCAAGUCAGCCAUCCUACACAGCUUGGUGCACACCUUCUCGUGUUCCAAAGACUUCCAGCUGGUGGUGCCAAUGGAUUGGAACAACAUCUACAUGAAUAGAGACAACUUCUGGAAGGACGUAUACGACUUCAUCAUGAACAUCACGCCACUCACAGUGCAAAAGCACGGGCAAAAAGUUAUAAUGAAUGUUUUGAGGGAUUUCUCCAAUACAUUUCUCUUCUUGUGGGAUCUGAAUCUUCAUGAUGCAAGGAACCGGCUGCCUUACAUGGAUCAAGGGACUUGGGUUCUGUCAUACCAGGGGAUGCCGGAAACCUCCACCAGUUACUGUGUUCUCAAAGUGGCUUCGCUCUCAGAGGAACAGGUUCGCCAGGUACUAUGGAGCAUCACUAGUUCAGAGAAGUCCUAUAACCUAGUGUUGGAGUGCUACAAGUCUUGUGAUUACAAGGGAAUCAUUAACACCCCAGAUAUGGUACGCAUCUUUGACAACGUGUGUCUGGGGAUGGCAGACUGUGCCCCAUUCUACAAGCUCAUACAGAGGUACAUAAAUAACAAGAUUGAUUCGAUAGAAGGAAAUCAAGCUGAAGUGAUAAAACUUGGACAGAAGGUAGUAGAUAUAAUAAAGAACAACAAAAAAUAUUACUCAGAAAAGUGUUUUGUUGAUAUACAAUCCAAUAUCUGUUACCUUUUCCUUCAACACAGCCCAUCGAAUGGGUACUAUUUCAAAUAUCAGGUGGUGGAAGACUACUUAGCAGCUCUGUACAUUGUCAACAACCCAAGGGUAGCAUGUAAACUGUGGCUGAAGCAAGCUACCUUGUUCAAAAGGGUGUUUCAGAUAGCAUGUGCCCUGUGGUGUGAGAAAGAUGAAAGCCUCCGUGACAGUUGCAAAUAUUUAAGGGAGUAUCUUGAGAAGUUCUUUGAUAUCUGUAAAGGUAAGACAAAGAACCCUAGAAAUAGACGAGCCAUGCGUGAUGACAACAGCAUGGGUGAUGGUGCUGGAGCUGGGAACACUAAUGAUAAAGAAGCAAUGGAAGUUGACCAUGAUGACAAGAAAACAAAGAAACAAAGAAAUGAACUAGCAGUGGAAGCUGAUGAUGAUAAUAAUGACAGAAAAACAAAGAAACAGAGAAAUGAAAUAGCAAUAGAAAUUGAUGAUGAUAAUAAUAACAGUAGACAAAACAGGCGAAAGAAUAAGCGAGGAGCAGGUGAAAGGAAUAAGUAUGGGAAGAAGGCAAAUGAUAAAGCAGGGGAAGAUGAAAAUGAAGACGACGCUGGACAAAACUUUCUGCGGUGGAUAUUCUUGUCCAAAAUUGUAAAGGAACACCAAAAUAAUCAAGUUAUCUUAGAAUUAUUUGCAGAAAUGUUGGCUUGUAAAAAUAUCUGGCACUUCAAAUGCAAGUUAUUAAGUGAAGAGAUAAUAGAUAACAUCUCUCUUGUAGUCAGGUAUGUUAAACUGACCAAAGUGCUAACGGUCAAACUGGAGACAGGCCCCAAUGUGACACUACUAAUUAAGCUGUGGAAUAUGCUUUGUAGCCACCAAGAAGUGUGUUUGAUGACUGACGUCCAUCUAUUCAUCCACCACACUGACAAGAACUGGAUCAUGCAUGAGAGGGAGCUGUGCAGGUUGCCAUCCAUUAUUGCCAACACUGAGACACCCCUUCACAUUACAAAAUUUGUGGGUCCCCUGUUGUGCUCCAGCACCCCACAGUUCCUGAAGUGCUCAUGCAUGGGAAGACUGAAAGUGCUGGACGUGUCUGUGUAUGACCUACCAUCCACACAGGAAGUGUUGGUGCACCAGCAGGAAAGUCUGGAGAUUGUCACUGUGAAGGUUAACCUGAAGGUGGAGGAACAAAUAAUUCCUGAUGCCAUGCAGGUACAACUGAGUGAUUUCCAGAGUGAAGGAAGCAAGGCCAUUAGAGAUCUGAAAAUCACUUACUUUAAAGACUUGCAGAGACUCUUAGAUACAUUUGAGCCACCUGUCUUUCUUCAAUCCCUCAAGAUCUACAAAGUCUUCAUUCAUGAAAACUUUAAGUUGGACUUGAAGCGCUUUACUAAGAUGAAAUCUCUGUUCAUCAGAUUUGUUGAAACAGAAAGACUACCUCCUCUCCUUACAGGAGAACAGUGUGAAGACAAAAUGGAGAUAGAAAAUGAAGAUAAUUUAAAUCUUAUGCUACCUCUUGACUGUUGGCCAUUACAACUUGUGAUCAGCCUACACCUGCCUGUAAAUCUGGAAAGAUUCCUCGUGAGAAAUCUAACAUUCUGUGAUGACUCCAGAGCACCUCUCUUGCUCAACAAGUAUUGGGCAAGUCUGCCAAUUCAAAGACUAAUACUCUUAGAUACCUACCUUUCUCUGUCAAAAUUCAGAAGCUGCUUAAACACAGAGAAUUUUGAAGAGGAGAUGGAUAUUACAAAAUCCUUGAAGAAGUGCAGGAUUAAUGGGUCUCCAGGAUCCGUACAGGAUGUUGUAAAGCAUGACAGGCUAAAGGAACAGGAAAGGACUGAAAGAAGAAGACAUAAGCCAAAAGGAAAGGAACUGAUUAUCACCAGUGGAAUGCAUUUCUGUCAGAGAUGCCGUUGUCUAUCCUGCACCUGUUCUUUCUCCGGCAUCAACAACGGCAGAGACACUUAUGAAGAUUUAGUUUCCCUAGUAAAGGAAAUGUAUACUUCUGAAAUCCUAAAUGUCAGUUACAAUGGCAGAGAUGUUGUAUUGAGGAAGGAUAUGUGUGGAGACAUGCACGUGCAGUGCCCCAUGCCUUUUCUGAAUGACGACACUGUUGAGUCCCCGGAGAGUGUAGCUGAGCUGAGCCAGAUGCUGGAUGCCUUGGCAUUUGCCCAGAUCAUCUGUGUAAGCCAUACUGAACUCUCUGGCAGGGGAGCCACUUGCCUGAUUGACCUCAUCAGAGAGAGGAAGAGAAGAGUUGGCACUGUUGAACCCUUCAGGUUAACCAUCUUGUCAUCCUAUUACCAUGAAUCUUCCAUUACCACAUCAGAAGUGCAACACAGCCCAUUCAUGAAGAAAAUUUGGGAAUAUGACUGUUUGCAACAGUUCAACUUUAAGUGUGACUGUUGGAGGAAGUGCUAUAUCUUCAAAAGGUCUAUUGACAAAAUGAUAUUUUUCAAUAAUAUUUUGUUACAGAGAAAAUAAGGAGAUUUCUAGAAGUAUAUAUAUUUGAAAUAUUAUUAUAAUAAUAUACAUAUAAAACAUUUUCCUACAAAAACAAGACCAACAUUGCAGACAUGUUUGUGCUUAUUGAGGUAUUUCCACAAACAUGGCACUGCUGAUUUACUUAUAAUUCAUCACACAUGCAAAACCACAUUCUGCAGUGGUGGAAUAUAUGCCUUGCCAAAGUAAUGAUGAGAAACCAACUUUGUUCCCAUGGUCAUUCACUGUUUUUUGUCAGCCUUGGGUACCAUUCAUAUGAAGUGUUUUCAAAUUCCCCGCUAACCAUGCAGUGAAUGUUGUGACUGUAUACAUGAGUUUUUAUCCACAGCUUUGGGCCUCAUAAGGGAUGUUCAUUAUCAGCAUGGGUGUGAAUGUGCUCGUCAGCAUGUGCUUGAAAAUGCCUUGUGUGAACAGGGUCUUUUACAACAACCUAUGCUAUAAACAGUCUUCUCAAGCCUGUGUCUGCUGGUAGAAGUCCCUGGACAGUGGCUGUGGCAGAGGUCACUAUUUGCACCCCUUCAUGGAGUUCACUAGAGCGCACUGCUUUCCUCUGUCUGUCGGUCUCUAGUGUUAUUCACAAGUUUUGUGGCAACAAGUUGUCCAUAAUGAUCACUCUCAAAUCCCACUCCUUUACAGACUCACUAAUUUCAUAUAAUUUUACUUUAUUGUAAGUAAAUCUUUCCAUUCUCAUCUCCUAAUCAUGACAGUAAAUUUGCUUUUUUUUAUAUUGAAUGCAUUUAUAGCUUAGGUAUAUUUUGCUUUGUCUUUUACAUAUAGCACAACUGACUAGAUGCUGUGGAAGUAUGCGGGGGUGUAAUAGGGUGGUCCACAAGACUAUUCCUUUCCACCAAGGCUGAGAGGGGUAAGAGUGUAACUGAAGUGUGUACGAGUGUGUGGUGCUUUGUCUGGGCCAUCCUGUGUGGGGAUUGCCAACCUGGCAUAUAGAUAAAUAAACAGAAAUAUGUUUAUAACUUGUCUAUACUUUCUUAUUUAGAAAUAGCUAUUUAUGACUUUUCAUGCCAUUUGUCAUAUCAUGAGACACUGAACAUUUUCUCACCCAUCAAAAUUUCAUCCUUGAUAAUUUUUUUGUGUAUUUACCUAAUUGUGGUUUACAGGAGAGGAGUAAUCUCAUAGUAUCUCAUCUUUAUAUCUGUCCAGUUUGGUCUUAGAAACAUGGACAGUUUAGGCAUUGACAACUUCUUCACUGAGUUCAUUCCAUUUGUUCACACUUCUGUUAGGAAAACUAUACUUCUUGAUGUUUCUUUUAGUUAACUUUCUUCAACUUCUUACUGUGUCCCCUUGUAUUCUGUGUGUCAAAAUUUAUAAAACAUUCUUUGUCCACAUUUUCCAUACCAUUUAUCAUUCUAUAAAUGUUUAUUAAAUCUCCUCUCUCCUAUUUUCAAGGGUAGGAAUUUCCAACAUUCUUAAUCUCUCUUCAUAGGUCAGCUUACUCAACUCUGAACUCUUUCCAAUUUUAUAAUAUUCCUCCUUGUAUGAGGAGACCACACCACUCUGUGUGUGUGUGUGUGUGUGUGUGUGUGUGUGUGUGUGUGUGUGUGUGUGUGUGUGUGUACACCAUUGUUAUAUAAAAGUUAUGAAAUGGUAUGUGCUGUGCUACUAGAUAAACAAUGCAAUAAUUAAUUUCUUAAUGCACAAAUGUUGCUUUUAUUACAUCAAGAUACAAUGGCACCAUUUUCAGGCUGCCAUGUACAAUAUUUCAUAUAUUUAAAAAAGAAACAUAUAUUCAUCAUAUUAGUUAAUUUUACAAAUAAAAAAUACAAAUCUUA